GCUCGUCGUCCAAAGUUUGGAUUUCCUGCUUAUUUCUGAUUGACAUUGUCAGUACGCAGAGAUGGGAGCCUUAUUGCCUUCGCUGGAGACCUUUGUCCUUCUUCCUAAGACGUGGGACUCUGUCGGAAACUACCCAAAAGUGAGGGAGAUUGCCGUAGAGACCCACACAGCUGUUGGCGAGAACAAGAAAUCGGGUACCUUUCAGAUCCUUGGGUCGGACGAAAAAUCUUUACAUCAGGCGCGACUUCGUCUGUGUGCGCUGAUUGGGGAGCAGAUGCGACGCAUUCGCUUGAAUCCCGAUGUUGCAGCGCAUCUGUUCGAUACAGUUGCAGGAAAGGAAAGAAUUCAAAAGAAACUUGAAUACUUGGCAGAUAUGCAUGGUAUCUCAAUUGUUCCGGAGUAUGACAAUAGGUGCGUCUUAAUGAAAGGAAAAGGAACAUCUCAGAAAGACCAAAUGAUAUCCGAGGCGACGAAGCAGUUGAAUUCUUUUCAAUGUGCUGUAUUGCGUGAGCUGCAACCGGGCCUCGAAGAAAGCGCUGCGAGGCUUUUGAUUGAACAGACGUCUUCAGAUUCGGGCAGGAUAGCAAUUGUGACUAAGGAGAUCAAGUCCGGCUCUUCAAGUAGCCCUGCUUCCAACUCAGACGAAUUCACAAAAACCAUUCACUUUGACGACGAAAUCAUGGAAGUGGCGCAAAAGUUUUCAGCGCAUGGGGAAUCUAGCAACGGCCCCACGCUGGCUGAAGUAUUUAAAGAGAAAAUCAACGAAAUCGCUAAAGCCAGCAAUGUAGAUGCAAAAUUUGAUACCCUCCUCACAACCCUGAUCUUUAGAGGGUUGAAUGAAGAGGAUGUCGUGAAAGCUGAACAAGAUACCAUAAGGACCUACAAAGGAUUUAAACCGUACAUCAUGAAGAACAUGCGGACAUGGAAAUUUGAACCGGACACGAUCUUAAUGGCGAAUGAGCAAACUGUCGAUCUCCUGCGAGAAAUUCGUCAAUUCUGCAAAGAACACAAAGUCGAUGUUUGUUACCAAAAUGGCGAUCAGGUGGUAUAUCUCAAGGGCGCACAAGCCAAUAUAGAUUCUGUGGUUCUGGCGUUGGACAACCUACAGAAAACGACUUCCGGAAAGAGCAGAUCGCAUGAUCAGCAGGUUCAGCAAUCAGCGACCCCCGCAGCCCACCAGAGUUCUGGUCGUGACCAAACUCCGACUGCCAAGGAACCGGCCAGAUGCCAAGCGGAUGAACGAGAACCAAUCGUGGAAGUUGUGCAACCUCAAAUGCGAGUGAAUGAACAGAGUCCAACCGGCAACAUCAAAAAGGACGGGUCUGGAUCCAGUGGGAACCUUGACAACCCGAAGGAAGAAAUCUUGCCAGAAAUACGUCCUUUGGAGCCUGUCGUCGUACACCUCUUCGAUAGCGAUGUGACAAAGGGUCUGAGAUCUAAUCAAACCGCGGAAAGCGAGCUGAUUGAUCAACUUAAUACGAUUGCGAAAGCGUACGAUAUCAGCAUUUUAUAUUCGCUAAAACACGGGGGAGUCCAAUUCAAAGGACGAAUGUCGACAGAAAUGGAGAGAGCUUUGCUGGAAUUGCGUGCAUAUUUGGAUGCGGAGCUCCGUGAACAUCUAAAUCUGCCAACAAAGGAGACAGAAAGUUCUCAUCAAGACAGCGAUUCAAAGGACCAGGAGUUGGGGCGUCCUAGGGUUCUUUCUUCGGCGGCAGAGCCAAUUGGUGGCAAAAAGGAGAAUGACGAUGAAUUGGAUAAGGAAUCACAUCCGUCCCCUUUCGUAGAGGAGCAAGCAAGUCCAAAAGGUCCGCCAGUUGAUGAUGUCAUCGUCGAUAAACAUCCGCAGCAACCUGCACUUCAAUCACCGCCAUUGACAUCGGGGCCCGCCGGCUGGAGUCCAUAUCCCUUCAACUGGGCAGCCGGCUACCGCAACCAAACGGCCACAAAUCCGCAGCCGAUUCCGCCAUUCCAACCGAUGUCACCCAUGGGAGCAUACCCGUGGGGUGGGCCUCCUCAAAUGGGUUACCCCUUCUGGCCACCGUUUGGAUCUCCUUUUGCACCCCAGUCAGGCGAAAGUGCUGCUUCAUUCUAUCCCGGGAUGGCAAUGACCCAUUACGCUUCUGGUGGGCCGCCUCAUAAACCUAUCCAUGUCCCUGCCGGUGGGACUUUUCCACCUGCGGUGGAAGACUCGACGAACAUGAAGCCACUCAAAGAGCAAGUGACGCCGCGGAAAGCCCUGACCUCGGAAGACAAAGUUGAAGAAUGGUUGAGCAGCGAAAUGAAAAGUCUCGGCAUUGGUCAAUAGUGGCGUAUUCCCAUUGCGUAAGUUACUGGAUGUAGUGCAGGGAACUGCUUUCUGCGUAUAACGGCGUAUCGCUAUUUGUGUGUCAUUGGGAUAGCAGCCUAUUUAGUUUAGUUGCUCUAUUACCGUGUACCUUCCAAUAUUGGCUUUUCAAUACACUGUCAAUCCUUCU